UGGCCGCAAUUGGUGGAUCUAAAGAAGAGAGAACUUCAGUACGACCUUACGAGGCCAACCACAAACGUUUGCGGGUCACGCGAGUGCGUGCCAAACUGCCUGUCCGUGCCACCUAGCGGUGCGCCAUCUGCCGUCGACCGCAGCGCUGGACCAAAAGCAGGAACGACCGGAAGGGGCUCUGAGGACGGGAAGAAAGUGAAGACUACGUUAGUUAUGAACGUCAUAGAAUACAUCCUGUUCGGAGUACUGGUCCUCGCAAAUUUCUGCUUGGGUCUUUACUUUUCCUUCAAAAAACGUCGGCAACCAGCUGGUUCAAGUUCCGCUGCGAUGGAAGUGUUCCUAGGAGGCCGCAGGCUCAUGAUGCUUCCUCUGGCCGCUUCGACGGUGGCAUCAGUUUACACGUCGACGGGGCUUGUCGGCUUCCCUUCUCACUUUUACGCCUAUGGAUGGCACCUCUUUUGGGGGUGCACUAUGCCGCUGUUUAUUUUCCCGUUGGCUACGCACGUAUUUGUACCUGUUCUCUACGGUCUGGGCAUUACGUCGAUCUUUGAGUACAUACGUCGGCGCUUCAACAGUGCGAUAUCAUUGACCGCAUGUGCCAUAUACAUCUUUUUUACGCAAAGCAUCGGUGCAAUCUCUAUUUACGCAGCAUCAUUGGUACUUGAAACAGUGUUCCACUUGCCUCUCCUCUGGUGCAACAUUGUGAUCGGAUUGUCGGGAACUGUUUAUACAGCACUGGGUGGACUUCGAGGAGUCGUUUGGACGGACUGUGUGCAGUUCGUGAUCAUAAUUUGUGCCCCAGCCGCCAUCGUCACCAAGGUAAUAAUCGAUUCUACCGCACCUGACUCCACAGUUCGUCCUCUCCGUGACCUCGAAAUCGGUGAUUACAUCGCAAAGUAUAGAUUGGACUUUACCAGCGAGGAAAAUAUGUGGAGUUGCUUCUUCGGUUCGGCUGCUCCAGCAAUGUUCCGUUUAUGCUUUGACCAAGUCGUGACACAAAGGUUGCUGGCGUCUCGAACACAAAGAGAUGCCAAAAGGACUGUGGUUACCGGUUCCGUACUUCUAGUUUGCGUUUAUACAACGAUGUUAUCAAUGGGCGUGGCACUUACAACCUGGUUCCGAGGUUGCGACCCAUUGUUAUCGGGCGCGGUCGAUCGUGUGGACCAGAUUUUGCCUCACUACAUCAACACUCGCCUCGUGCAAGUUCCUGGAUUUGUCGGACUUUAUCUCGCAGGUGUCGUCUGUGCCGCAACGAGCACAACGUCAUCCACGAUCAAUUCGCAAGCAGCUAUCUUAUAUGUUGACGUCAUUACGCCUUGCUGGAAGAAUGCCACACGACACGUAUUGUGGAUUACGCGUUGCACAGCGCUGGCUUUGGGCGUUAUUAUGACGGUCUACAGCACACUAUGCGUGCACAUGGGAUCUUUGACUAGGGUAUUUGUGAUGGUAUUCUCAUGCCUGACAUCGCCUUACGUAGGGUUAUGUGUUCUCGCCAUCCUAUUUCCUUUUGUUCACUCAAAGGGUGUAGGCGUAGCCACGGUUGUCACGAUUACCUUCCAACUUUGGCAUGUGGCAAAUUCGAUAAAGAAUCAUACAACCCCACCCAGGAUGCCACAGUCUUUGGAUUACUGCCCUGUAAACACUUCUUUCCGUGUUUCAGUGUCGGAUGGAGUCAACCAUACCAGUUCGUUCGAAGCUCCAAGAUCAGAAGAAUCGCUUUACCUGUUUCGCAUAUCGUACCUCUGGAUCAGUUUCUUUGGCAUUUUUAUAACAAUUGCAAUAGGUGUAUUGGUCAGCGCACUCACAGGAGAGAUGUGGAGCAAAGAAGAGCAACCCGAGUUAAGCAGUGACUUACUUGUCAGAAUAUGGAGGAAACGAACGCAUAAUCGGGACGAAUCGCAACUCCAGGCAAUGAAGACAUCAAAGAACGACGGGCACGGAGGUGGUACAGAAGAUCAAGACCUUCUGAACCUUGGAGCACAUAGUCAUGUGUAA